AUGUGCGUCAGCAAGAUGUUUCAACUCAUGCCGCCAGAGCUUUUCGCAUCGGGCAUUGAGCAUACUAUGCUCAUGGGCUUCAGACCGCUUUUAGUGCUCAAAGCCUUCAUACUUCGGAAAUCGACAUUCUUCGCCGAUGGAUCCUGGCUUACACUACCCUUCCAACAUCACAAAGGUGCCCCAUUACAGAGCCUCUUAGGUGUCGCAGCACCUAUCCCUGGUCUCCUGGAGAAAAUCGACGUCGUACUACCCACUUCCCCCGAUGCUGCCGCCAUUGGCACAGCCGGAGCAGCCUCUCAACUCAUAACCGAGCUCAUGGGAAGCAUAUCCCAACUCAAGAACUGGCACAGCGGCUUUCUAGCAAACACCCUAGAACCAAUCUCCUGUCGACAGAGCGUAGAGCGCGAUCUCGGCGGCACCUACGAAUCGCUAUGGUACCCAAGCCUCGGCAUCGCAAACGUAUUCGUCUACUUCUGGGCUUUCCAACUUCUCUGCCUCAAGGAGAUUCAGGGCUUGUUGAACCGGUUUCCGGGACUAAAGCAUGCAGUGCACGAUGAUGCGGCAUACAGCCCCGAAGCAUUGCGCGAGGAGUGCCUUGAGCUCAGCACUUGCAUAUACAAGAGCAUGGAAUAUCUGCUGCAGGAAGACUUUAUGCUGUAUGGUAUCUCAUCAGCUGGAUUUCCGUUGAGCAUGGCGUGUGAGGCGCUGCAGGCGGAUGCUGAUGGGCGAGCGAUCAUGGCGACGUUGGAUCAGUCGAUUAUUACUCGGGCCAGACUGAGAAACCUAUGA